AUGUCCGAGACCGCCCUUCCUCCUCCCCCGAGCGCCGUUUCUCGGCCCGUCAGCGAGGCACUCCUCAACGAAAAGUGGGACCGCUGCCUCUCCAACCUCCUCGUCAAGUCGACCCUCGGUCUCGGAUUCGGCGUCGUCUUCUCCGUCCUCCUGUUCAAGCGAAGAGCGUGGCCCGCAUUCGUCGGCGUUGGAUUCGGUGCCGGCCGAGCGUACGAGGAGUGCAACUUCAACCUGAAACAAGCUGCGCGGGAUCUGAAGAGGCAGAAGGCGUGA